CGUCGAGUAAUCUGUUUGUCGAGUGUGACUGUUAUCGGUUCAAUUUGCUUUUCGUUCGGACGAAAUAACGUUGACGAUUUUAAUGCAAUCCUUACGAAAUCUCCGGUGUGUUAUAAUGGAGUGAUAGACGAUAAAAGAAAAGAAACGCGUUAUUUGAUCUGCUUCAAUAACAAGCGAAGAACGAUUUCGAGUUUGCGAUAAAAAGAUGUGUGGCAUGUGUAUUGAUAUUGAUGGCUGAUAAACCAAGAACACAUUUAUGUAGAUGAUUGGAUAUUUAAAUACCAAUGCUCAUCAACAUUUCCUUCUCGUACAAAACUUGCAAGCUAACGUCUAGAUAAUGACUUCUAUUAUUCUUGUAAUCAAAGUUCUUCAAUGGAUUUUAAUCUAGACUCCUCGAAUGUUUUUCACGGAUGUAGAUUUGUCAUCAGCCCAAGUGUUAUCUUACAAAUUUUUGGCACACCCAAACGGAGCGAGCAUUGACGGAACAUCAUGAAUUUCGUUCGUGUGGAUCAAUUAGCCAUUUUUCUUAUUCUAAUCUACACAGGAUGUCAUGAAGCGAACGAUCUGGUCAACAAUACUGCAGGAACGUUGGUGGAGGACAAUGAGGUCCUGUACUUUCGACUGCCAAAAGCGAUCGUUCCUAAUAGUUAUUCCAUUGCUCUAAUCCCUUCCAUGGAAGGUGACACUGAAAUUACAGGGAUCUCAAGCAUAGAGGCUUCUGUACAAGAAGAAACUGAUACCAUAAUUCUAAAUGUCGGGAACAUCACUAUAGACCUUAUGACUGUAACAUUAAAUAAUACGGUAAAACUAAAUCCAUCAGAUGUAAAACAUGACAUGAAAACAGAAAAAUACACAAUUAAGUUGGAGAAUAUUUUGAAAAAAGGAUCAAAUAUAACUCUGGACUUCAAUUAUUUUGCAACACUCCGGAAUGAUAUGAUUGGAUUUUACAAAAGCGCGUACAUCGAUUCGAAAGGAAAAGUUAGGUGGCUAGCUUCGACGCAAUUCCAAACAAAACAUGCAAGACAUGUUUUUCCAUGCUUCGACGAACCUAGCUUCAAGGCAACAUUUAAAAUCAAAAUUUUAAGACCAAAGGAGUAUUUAAGCCUGAGUAAUAUGCCGCGCGAUGAAAGCGCACAAACCCCACCAAUCGGAAGUGACGAAAUGGUUUGGGAUAUAUUCCUUGAAAGCAUUCCCAUGUCUACGUACCUGGUGGCUUUCACAGUUUCAGAUUUCAGUAAUCUGACGACAGGUAACUUUAGUGUCUGGGCUAGGUCGGAUGCCAUAGAUCAAGCAAAAUACGCUGCCAAGAUUGGUCCGAAUGCCCUCCGGUAUCUCUCCGACUUAUUCCAACAAGAAUAUCAACUACCAAAAAUGGAUAUGGUGGCAGUGCCUGAUUUUGCGGCUGGUGCGAUGGAAAAUUGGGGUUUGAUCACUUAUCGGGAAUCGAGAAUGUUGUACGAUCAGAGCACGUCUUCCGACAUUGCACAACAACGCGUUGCUUCGGUGAUAGUUCACGAAUUGGCCCACAUGUGGUUUGGAAACCAAAUUACACCUGAAUGGUGGAGCUAUUUGUGGCUGAGCGAAGCAUUCGCUAGGUAUUUUGAAUAUUUCGCAACUGCUCAGGUCGAGAAAUCGUGGAACAUGGAGAAACAAUUUGUUGUAGAACAGAUUCAAACUGGUAUGGCAGCUGAUGGUCUCGAAUCAUCUGAACCAAUGACUAGAAAUGUUCAAAGUUUUACACAACUAGCCGGAAUUGGGGAUACUAUUACGUACAACAAAGGAGGAAGCAUUGUGCGAAUGAUGAGUCUUGUUUUCGGUAACGAUAUAUUCGUUGCGGGAUUACGAAAUUAUCUGCAGAACAACAAAGAAAAGAAAGUCGCAGAACCUGAGAAUCUGUGGAAAGAAUUACAAAACGAAGUCAAUCGGCAAAACAAGCAACUCGCUGCUCCAGUGAACCAAAUUAUGUCUACUUGGACAACACAAGCCGGAUUUCCAGUACUGAAUGUCGUCAUUGAAAAUGGUAAAGCCCACUGUUGGCAAUACCGAUUCCUGUUGAGAAAUUUGAAAGCGACUCCAAUAAAUUCGACAUGGUGGAUACCGAUCACGUGGGCCAGCGAAAGCAAUCCGAAUUUCAAUAAUGUGAAUGUGACACGCUGGAUUAGCAAAGAGCAGGACACCCUUGAUUUGGGAACUGGUCAUGAAUGGGUAGUACUGAAUGUCCAAUCAGCUGGUUUCUACCGGGUAAAUUACGAUAAUGCUUCUUGGUAUCGUAUCCUCGACGUUUUGAACAGCAAGAAUUACCAAAACAUAAGCGAUGUUAACAGAGCAGCUAUUGUUGACGAUUUAUUGAAUUUGGCAAGAGCUGGUUUCUUGAAAUAUAAAACGGCUUUGGAUGGCUUACAGUACAUCAAAAACGAAACGAAUUAUUUGCCUUUCAAGUCUGCGUUUUCUGGAUUAACUUAUCUCGAUCGGCGAUUUUCUGGUAACAACAAAUAUUACGAAGAAUUUAAGGGUUUUGUAUUAUCACUCAUUGUCGAUAUAUAUGAAAAUCUUGGUUACGUGGAUCGUUCAAACGACGACAGAUUAACGGUAUUAUUGAGAAGUGAACUGAAUAAAUGGGCUUGCAAUUACGGUCACGAGGGAUGCACAAAAUAUUUCAUAGAAGAAUUUCGACAAUGGAAAAUAAGUAAUAAAUUAAGUGUUAAACCGAACCAAAGGGCCGUAGCCUUCUGCACAGGAAUUAGAUAUGGAACGAAAGAUGAUUGGGAAUUCUUGUGGAACCAAUAUUUCAAUUCAAAUUCAGCUGCUGAACAGUCAGAUAUAAUGCAAGCUCUCGGUUGCACGCAAGAUUCUAGUCUUCGGGAAAGAUACCUGUUAAAUGCAGUCAUGGAUUUCGAAAAGAGCAGAAUUCGUCGGCAGGACAGUACUUCCGUAUUCUCUGCUAUUUCCAGUUCCGGUUACAAUGGCGCAGUGUACAUUUUGGACUUCGUCCAGAAGCACCAUACAAAGAUUACUGAAUAUUACAAUGGAACGGAAAACAUCGCUAGCAUUUUGUCGACAGCGUCUCAAGGCUUCUCGACGCAGAAAGCGGUUGAUCAAUUCGAGAAUCUAAUCAAGACUCACCAAUCGGAAUUCAAAGACAUCUUGAGCUCUCUUAAUAAAUCUCUUGAAAUUGCAAAAUAUGAAUUACUUUGGUUUGACAAGUACAAGAACGAUAUAAUUUCCUGGAUAAGAAACUAUAACAAGGAAAAUGGCACCGAUCCAAGAUUAUCAGAUUACCGCUUGCCAGAAAACUUAGUACCAUUGACAUACUCGAUCCAUAUGAAACCAUUUAUCGAUACGUUUAAAUACGAAGGAGAAGUCGACAUUACAGCAGAGGUCAAACAAAGAACAAACACCAUUGUUUUGCAUUGUUUGACGAAAAUUGUGGAAGCAGAUGUGAGAGUCUCCGUUGGGGAUAGUACGAUUGACAUUGUGGAUAUAGCGACAACCUACGAUUACGAUUUCCUAGAACUGAAACUUGGAAAGGAGUUGACUGUCGGAGAGAUUGUGAACAUUCAUAUUCCGUUCAGCGGCAUGAUAAAUGACAUAGGAAAAGGAUUUUACCGCAGCUGGUAUACGACAGACUCCGGUGAGAUAAGAUGGUUAGCCACUACUCAGAUGGAGCCAGUAUAUGCUAGAACAGUAUUUCCCUGCUUUGAUGAGCCAGCUUUGAAAGCGACAUUUAAGAUGAAGGUCACUGUACAAGAAGGAUACGAUGCAAUUAGUAAUACACAGAUGGACACUGUAAUCAGACACCCAGACAAUCAGAAAACAAUAACAUUCAAAGAAACGCCGAAAAUGUCCACCUAUUUGGUGGUCCUAGUCGUCUCCGAUUUCGAAGGUGUAACUAGUUACGAAAGGUACACAGUCUGGGCCAGGUCAAAUGCAGUUCAUCAAGCACACUACGCCUUGUCAGUGAUGCAGCCACUUGUGAAAUUUUACGAAAACAACCUAAAUAUUUCAUAUCAACUUCCAAAGCUUGAGAUGGUAGCGCUACCAGACUUUGUGUCUGGUGCAAUGGAAAAUUGGGGCGUACUAACUUACAAAGAAAGGAACUUGUUAUAUUUGGAUCGUAACUCCACACUGCCAUCGAAGCAGGCCAUAACUAAUGUUAUAUCGCACGAAAUCGCACAUCAAUGGUUUGGAAACAUGGUCAGCCCUGCCUGGUGGAAAUAUACCUGGUUGAACGAGGGUUUUGCUAGAUAUUUCCAAUAUCUCGGAACUGCAACUGUAAUGAUAGAUUGGUCUCUUGAUGCUCAGUUCGUAGUAGACCACCUUCACACAGCUCUUAGUGUAGACAGUUCUAUAACCAGCCACCCCAUGACACAUGAUGUAGAUAGUCCAACAGAAAUUAAAGGAAUGUUUGAUACAAUAUCUUAUGCUAAAGCUGCUAGUGUGAUACGAAUGGUGAGGGCGUCAUUCGGUGAUGUAGUAUUCUACCAGGCUCUCUCGAAAUACCUCAACAAACAACAAUACGGUGUAGCCACGCCAGAAAAUUUGUUCGAUGCUUUCAAAGAAGAAAUCGCUGAUGUUAAUAUGAAGAAUUCGAUACACGAUAUCAUGAAUUCGUGGACCACACAACCUGGGUAUCCUGUAGUAAAAGUUAGCUUUGAUUUCAACGAGUUUAAAUUAAACCAAGAAAGAUUUCUAAUUAAUGGGACGGACUACAGAACAGUAUGGAAUAUUCCUAUUACAUGGACAAGUCUAAAUGAACCGAAUUUCAAUGAUACAAAGCCAAAGCAUUGGUUGAACAAGAUGAGUGAUUCUAUCGAUCUACUGAUAAAUAAAACAGAUUUAUUCAUAUUUAAUAUUCGACAAUCGGGAUACUAUCGUGUAAAUUACGAUGACAAUUAUUGGGACCAAAUAAUCAAGUUCUUAAAAUCUGAACACUUCGACAAAAUAGACGAAAUCAACAGAGCCGCGAUCAUCGAUGAUUUAAUGAACUUUGCCAGAAAUGGGAAUGUUAAUAACAACAUCAUGCUAUUUGCAACACAGUAUUUGGUCAACGAAACUAGUUAUAUUCCAUUAAAAGCAUUCUUCACCGGAUUGACCUAUCUACGUAGACAAUUCGAAGGCAGGGAUGCAUAUGGCGCUUUCAAAAGAUAUGUAACCGGAAUCAUCACUCCGAUAUAUGAACGAUACGGUUUCACUGACAACCCCAAAGAUUCACAUACAACAAAACUUUUAAAAAUACAGCUUCGCAAAUGGGCUUGCGAAAUGGAAGUUGGAAAUUGUGAAACUGAUGCCGCAGAAUUAUUCCUUAAACGAUACAUUCGACCGAAUUAUCGAAGUACUGUCUAUUGCGUAAUAGCUAAGAAAAAUGCAAACUGGCAAACAUUGAUGAUGCGAUACAACACAAGUACUAUGGCUUCGGACAAAGCAUUAAUCCUUCAAUCUCUGGCCUGUACAACGGAACCAAAAUUCCUCGAAGAAUUACUUCUGAAAGCUAUAAGUGUGAAGUUAGAAGUACGAAAAGAAGACAGUAGUGCCGUAUUUUCUUACGUGAUCGAAGCUAGUCUAGAAGGGGCUAAAACUGUGAUGGAUUUCAUUAAGAAAAACUAUGAUAAGAUGUUCGAUUACUACGGAGGUUAUUCGGAAAUCAAGAGUAUCCUUAACACAUUGGCAAAAAGAGUGAUUGCUGAUAAACCAUAUUCAGAGUUCGUCGAACUCAUUAAUUGGUUAAGAGUAAAAGAUCCAUCAGCCAGUGACAGUUUCAUUGCCGCUAAGAAUGCUGCUGAUAAUGAGCGAAAAUGGGCUGAGAAGUACAUUCCAGAGAUGCACAGAUGGUUGGAAGUUAAUUAUCCAGACACGAACUAUCGCUUACCUAAAUUGUAUUCUCCACUGAAGUAUAAUAUCACCAUAUCCCCGGAUAUCAAAGAAGGACAUUCCAUCUUCAACGGUAAAGUGCAAAUAGAAAUGCAGUCUCUGGAACCUACGUCGCGUAUAGUUGUUAACAGUAAUGGGCUGACCAUAACACUGGUAAAGGUCUAUAAUAGUCAAGGGAAUUUGACAAUUGGAGAAGAAUUAAAUGUACUGGGUGAACACGUUCUGAACGAAGAAACCGAAAUGCUGACGGUAUUUACGGAGCAUUUCGUACAGAAUAAAGCUAUUAUUCUUGAGAUUGAAUAUACCGGUAUCCUGAAUAACGAUAUGGUAGGCUUUUAUCGCAGCUACUAUGAAGAUAGUAGCAAAAAGAUACAUUGGUUGGCAACAACCCAAUUCCAAGCCACAUAUGCUAGAAUGGCAUUUCCUUGCUUCGACGAGCCAGCAUAUAAGGCUAAGUUUACAAUAAAUAUCGAGAGGCCUGUUCAUUACACCGCUCUCAGUAAUAUGCCCUCGAUAAAAGUCACGCCAUCGAAUGAUCCAGAUCGCAUGUGGGAAACAUUUAAUGAAAGUGUACCGAUGUCGACGUAUUUAGUUGCAUUUGUCGUUUCCGACUUCAAACCAGUAAGGAGUGAAGAUACAAAUGUAAAAGUGUGGAGUGCGCCCCAUAUGGCAUCAAGUGGUGACUACGCUCAAACAGCUGCGAAACGGUUCCUUGAAUAUUUGCACAACAUGACAGAUAUAGAAUACGCUUUACCAAAAUUAGAUUUGGUGGCAAUUCCAGACUUUUCACAGGGUGCUAUGGAAAACUGGGGUCUUGCUACGUUUAGGGAUUAUGGUAUUCAGUAUAAUGAUACAGUCACAUCAGCUAAGUUUAAAGAUUAUAUUACAACCAUAAUAGCGCACGAACUGACUCAUAUGUGGUUCGGAAAUUUGGUGACCUGUGAUUGGUGGGAAUACACUUGGCUUAACGAAGGAUUCGCUGAGUACAUACAGUGGAUCAUUUCUGAUAUAUUGCAACCUAGUCAUAAAUUUAAUGAACUUUUUGUUGUUAAUGAACUACAAGAAGCCAUGCUGGAAGAUGAUUAUACAACAUCGCAUCCCAUGAACAAGCCUGUCACUUCACCCUAUGAAAUUGAAGACAUUUUCGACGGUAUUACGUAUGGAAAAGGAUCUAGUAUGUUGCGAAUGGUAGAGCAUUCAUUCGGUAAAGAUGUUUUUCUGAAAGCAAUCAAGCGAUACUUACGGCAGCAUAAGUACAACACGACAACACCAAAAGAUCUCUGGCAAGCUUUUGACGAAGUAAUUAAUGAAACGCAUGUGAAUGUAACCGCGGGAAUAUCUGUCGAAAACAUAAUGGACGCCUGGACUAAUGAAGCUGGAUAUCCCAUUGUAUAUGCAGAUCGUGAUAACCAAAUAGUAAAAUUAACACAGAAACGAUUCACCUACACCAGUACCGGUAACCCGAAACAGGUACCAUUUUGGAUACCUAUCACCGUUGCGACUGAAUCUACACCCAAUUUCGUAACGACAUCGACAAAUUUUUGGUUGGAACGCAUGCCAAUCACUAUUCAAGUAUACAAUUCAACAUGGUUUCUUUUGAACGUUCAACAAACUGGCUUCUACCGCGUUAAGUACGACAAUAAUUCGUGGAACAGUCUGGUCAACGCAUUGUACCAGCAAAAUUACAGCAACAUCUACGUAACAAACCGUGCACAAUUAGUCGACGAUGCUUUGAAUCUGGCUAGAGCAUCGGAAAUAACCUAUGAUGAGGCGUUUAAAUGUACCGAUUACUUACGUGAUGAAAUGGAAUAUCUCCCUUGGAAAGCAUUCUUCAAUGGAAUUAAUUUCUUGUUACAACGAUCCGAGGGUCAACAGGAUAAUGUGUCUUCUCUCAUCAAAUCAUACAUUUUGCAUUUAACGUCGAAAAUAUACACGUCACUUGAUUUCGAAGAUUCGACCAACGACGAUCAUUUAAGACAAUUAAGCAGAGAACUAAUUUUGACUUGGAGGUGCAAAGCGGAGGACAAGGAUUGCACUAAGAAAACGAAUGACUUGUUCAUUGAGUAUCAAAUGAGUGUGUUUAUGGGUUCUAUUUUUAUAAACAUUUUUCUCACUAAUGAUUGGCUAUGGUUAUUCAACGUUACCAAAACUUUUUAAGCUUAAUUUUUACUAUUUAAUUACUACAAUAUGUAUUUGUUAUAGUAUAAACAAUCAUUUGUAAGUAUGCCUACAAGAAUAUUACAAUUUCAUGAUAUCUCGUUCUAACCUAUUUUCAAAUUGCACCGUUCAAAUCUCGCGUUCAUUAGUAUCAGGUAAUCAUCUGUAAAAAGAAUUCCUCGUAUGGAAUAGUCCUUAUACACGAAAUAAUAUAAUAAACCAACGAAAGAAUCUAACCUAGUAAUAUGUAUUCUGAAAUUUCAAUGCUGAUAUCUUCCGUCGUAUCUUAGGUACAUUCAACGUGUGUUCACAUUAUCUAAUCCUCCCAGUAUUCGAAAACAAGAUGUCAACACGGUCUUAACAUCUAUUUGCAAUGCUGGAAAAGUUGGCGUAGACGUGAUGUUAGAUUACUUGGUCAAUGAAUACGAGAGUAUUUUUGCAUAUUAUGACGAAUGGAAUAGCGUUGGAAGUCUAUUCACCAAAAUAGCACCUCGUAUUUCCACAUUAGAGCAAUUGCAAAAGCUGGAGAAGUUUGUAACGUCCAAAACAGAAGACCUGGAAGACAUUUCAUCAACACUCCAGACAGCAUUGGAAACUGCAAAAGAUAAUUUCCGUUGGUACGAAGAGAAUCGCGAUCUCAUACAACAUCAUUUGAGCUCCGUAAUUGCAGAAUGGAAUAAAAGUGCUGGAGUUACUCUAAAUAGUUUUAGUAUAAUAUCAGUGACAAUAUUUACAAUUACCACGUUUAUGUUACAUUAAUAAAUGAAUUGAGAUGAUUCAUAUCAAGACUUUAGGCAUACAUAAAUGAAUAAAAAAAGAAGUGUAUAUUUA